AUGCAACAGCAGGUACAACAGCAGUUGCUCCAACAACAAGCGCAGUUGUCUCAGACACAGCCACAGCAAGGACGAGGGGAACAGUGUGAACAACGUAGCAAUAUUGCUGAAUUUAAGAGGCUGGCUCCUCCAGCUUUCAAGGGGACUACAGAACCGUUGGAAGCAGACAAUUGGCUUACAGAGAUGGAAAAAGCAUUUGCUGUCUUGAGAUGCCAGGAUGAUGAAAAAAUUUUGUUUGCAUCAUACAUGAUGCAAGGUGAGACAUUCAACUGGUGGCGGAUGUUGGAACAUAAAUAUGAGCAGGAUAGGGAGCCACUCACUUGGGCAAAAUUUCAAGGAGCAUUUUAUGAUAAGUAUUUUCCUCGGAGUGUAAGGACGCAGAAAGAGCAGGAGUUUAUUCAUCUAAAGCAAAGAAAUAUGACUGUUGCAGAAUAUGAAGCUAAAUUUACCGAGCUAGCCAAAUUUGUUCCAAAGUUAGUCGAAGAUGAACUAGAUCGAACGCAUAAAUUUGAGAUGGGACUAAAGACUGAAAUUAGAAAACAAGUGGUACCUUAUGAAUUGACUACCUAUGCAACUGCGGUUGUUGGGCCAGGAUUAUGA